AGUCUCACGAUGAGAAACUCCGUAUGCCCCAGUGGCGAGGUGUUGACUUCAGAUACAUCAGGUAAUUCAAACCGGAACUAUUGCUAUCGGUUAAAAAGUGUAGAUUAUCCGAGUAAUGGCGCUUAAUUCUUUAUCACCAAUGAUUUUCUGGACAGACUACGAGGUGAUUCGAAAUUCACCCCUUUACCCCGGAAGUAAACACGUAUAUUCCAAACAGUUCCGGUUGAGGAGGAAAACUUCCCUGUGUCCGUGAAAGCAGCACGGCCAGUUUACGUUCGUUUCCCUCCUGGUUAUGGUUCGGGUCCGCUGCAGGUUAUGCCGCUACUUUUAGACAAUUUCUUAAAUUGAUGUUAUUGGUCGAUAUAUCUGCUCGAUAAAGCCACGUCGAGCUCUUUUUAAUCUUCGAAUUAGUUUCUUUGUGUGAACACGUGACUUUUGUUAUUUCACUUUUGAAACUUACUAAUUACUUACCGAAGUGUCGACGAGUUCUGUGUGACCAGACCAUGGCAGUUCAAAGCUCGAUCAGCUGACAUGUCUGACAUCACCAUCAACGUGUGUCCACUUGACUUCAGAGCAGCACCGACGAACAACCAGAGGAAAAUGACAUUAAAGCAAAAUAAGAAAGCAGGUUUUGCAGAGAAGGAUCAAGGCACCAAGAAGAGGGGCUCCCCUGAUCUGUGCAAUGUUGCCAUGGCGACCUCUUCUUCCAGCUCCCAUCUGACAGUUAACAGCGCUGCUGCUCCUGGUGAACCGAGAGAAGCUCCGGCCACCAACAUUCCACAGCGCAAGAGAAACAUAGCGGCCACUUCUGCUGGCACAGCCCCUGCUGCCCCGACCAAGUACCUGGCUCUGGACUGUGAGAUGGUUGGCGCUGGUCCGAAGGGCAGUAUCAACCAGUUGGCACGCUGCAGCAUUGUGUCGUAUGAUGGCGAUGUGGUGUACGACAAAUUCAUCCGACCUGCCCUGCCCGUAACCGACUACCGCACACGGUGGAGCGGCAUCCGCCACCGGGACCUGGUCCGAGCCACACCGUACGCGGAGGCCCGCAAAGAGAUUUUGAGGCUGCUUGGGGGUAAGGUGGUGGUAGGCCACGCCAUCCACAACGACCUGAAGGUCCUGAGCUAUGGUCACCCCACCGCCCUGAUUCGGGACACGUCCCGCAUUCCGCUGCUCAACAGGAAGGCUGGAUUCCCCGAGAAGGAGUGUGUGUCCCUAAAGAGACUCACCAAGGCCCUCCUGGACCGGGACAUUCAGGUGUCACGCCGAGGUCACUCAUCCGUGGAGGAUGCCAAAGCCACGAUGGAGCUUUACAAAAUGGUGGAGGUGGAGUGGGAGCGACAGUUGGCCACCAAGGAGCGUCAGACCGAGAGACUGCUUCACUGCAAGUGAAGCGGAGCUCAUGGACAUCUUUUGAUAACCGGUGUAGUUUUCAGUCAUCGGUUCAACAAUGUUGAUGUUGACAUGAAGAAAGUUAGUGUGUGUGAUACUUAAAAGUUCAAACUUGUCACUGUCGCCAUAGAAAUGGUUAACACCAUUACUCAGAUAAUCCUGGCGGAUUAUUUCCUGCUGUUUUUUAAUCUUUUUUCAUGGAAAUUUCACGCCGAGUAGAUUUAAGUGUAUUCUCAUGGAGCAGAGAUGGAUUUUUCCAUCUUGAUUGUUUCUCAACAUCCCCUCCUACCUCCCUCUCCUCCUCCUUCCUCCUCCUCCCUCUCCUCCUCCUCCUCCCUCUCCUCUUCAUCACCUCCCGACUCAGAAGCUCAGGAUUUUCAUACUUAAGCGUAAGUUCUGGAGAACGACAUGAGGUGAGCAGAAUAUUAUUUCACUCUUGGUUUGUUGUUUGUCUCCUUCCUGAACACAACACUUUAACUGGGUAAACAGCUGGUAUCAACUGUGAUCCUGUUGACGACUCUUUGCUGCAGGCUCAUUGGAAUGUUGGUGUUUUUACUUGAAAAGUGUGACGUUAUUAAAUGCACCUCCACUUUUAA